UGCGCUUCACACACACGCGCGCGCGCGCGCUGUCCUCUCAACUCACACGCGCGCUCAUUGUGGACCGCAACCAGAAAGAACCGAAAACACACCGGAGAACAGUGUGCAUUGAAUCCUACAAGCGUACGGUGAAUCCAGAAUGGCGGCUUUUUGUUGGUAUUUCGGCUCAUUUUUCCUGCUUGACUUGGUGACCAUGACACUGAGCACCAGAACAGGCCACAGUUCAGCCAUGGAUAUCUUCAGCGACAAUGUCAUUAUCCCACCCAGGCCGGAGGCAUCCAUACAUCAACACAGUCAUCACAGGAAGCACAAAGGUCGCAAGGAGAGGAUGACACCCGGUCAGCUAAGAGAGAGGCCUCACAUUACUGUGUUCCACACCCAGAAUGAAGGGCCAGACCUGGAGGGCCUCAGUCCCGUCCGCUUAGAGAUGGAGCCAGGAGAUAGAAGACGGGUAAUCACUCCAAAAAAGAGAACCUCCAUGGGGGUUGAUUCUUUAAUUCCAGAGCAAAUGAAUAUCUCUCCUGGUGCUGGGACUCUAGAGAAGGCAAUACGACGUCCCACCGGUCGCAAUAUGUUUGGAGGGCACUUUAUUAGGACUCAUGAUGAAGAGUCUUUGGCAUCAGGGAAGAAACGGAGGGUUUCUUUUGAUCAAAGGCUCAAUAAAAACUCCUUUGGGAGUCCCACAGAGCCAGUGUUCCCUGCAGCCACCGUUGGCUCCUUCAUAUCGCCCGUAACUGCAGCAGUCGGUGGGGAGCCAUCCACAAAGCCAGCCCCCUCCAGUAAACCACAGGUUGGAAGUUAUUCAGGUGGAGAUGCGACGCCCACUUUCAACAUGGCGUUAUUCGACUGGACUGAUUAUGAAGAUAUGAGGCCUGCACACAAAAAGCAAUCAUCUAAGAAGCAAGGUUCUGACAAACAGGCCACAAAAAGCCCCAGCACUGAACUUGUGACACUUACAUCAGUCAAGAGCUGCAAACAUCACCUAGAUUGUCUACCAGGGUCUUGCUGCAAUCUCAGAAAACAGGUAUGUGAGCUUCACAACCGCGGCCUCAACAACAAGUGCUAUGAUAGCUGCAUGUGUGAAGAAGGGCUUCGGUGCUAUGCUAAAUUACACAGGCAUUACCGCAUCACACGCAAAAAGGGACAAUGUGUUGAUCCUGAGGGGAUAAGCUUAAACCGUGGCAUGUUUAUUAUUGUUUAAACGAGGCAGGAGCAUUUGUCAUAAUUUCCUUUUCUAAAUGCAUGUGAUUUCAUUUUCUGCCCUGUUGGAAAAUUUUAUAUUUACCCUUAUUCAUAUUUAUGUGUAUCCUUUGAUUGCUUUCUUGGAUAUAAUUGUUUCUGAAAUUUGUAAAACAGCAAUAUUCAGCAGGAGAACAUAUUAUGUAUAGUUGCAAGGCCAGUUUAUUCAAAUGAAUGAAAAAGUGAGAGUCAUUGCGGAACAUAAAAUCUGUAACAAAGUUAUUGCAUGUAGACAUAAGUCAUUUGUAUUUUGUGUUCAUGUGAUUGAGUGUUGCAACAGUACACAAUGGAACAGUAGUAAAUAGAUGGACUAGAGCAUGCAAUAAACUCAUCUGCCGGGUCCCCAUGCCUUCAAUCAGACGAACAGCUUCGGAAUGGACACACAAAGCAGGACACAAGGGAGAUCUCCAUCUCACAUUAUUAAACCAUUAAAUCUUCCUUUUAGCUUGAAUCUGAAUUACUGUACAACUGCUUUAUGCUACGCAGAAAUAAUGCUUCUCAUCAUGUUCAUUGAGAACCAUGCAUCUGUUAAUAUAUGAGAAAUAUUGUGCUUGCUGAUUUGACACUGGCAGUAUGUUUUGUAGUAUCCACCACCCGUAUCACCAUCUAAAUUCCACAUAUUACAGCUGUAGAUUCAUAUUUAAUUAUUCAUUUUAUUAAGUGUACGUGGGUUGAUGA